CAGUGAUUCUCGGGAUCUCAUCUCAUCUCUCUCCUUUUUAACCCAACAUUCAGACACUUCCUCGUUGCAGAACAUUUAGGAUUCACUUCAAUUUCCGAGGAUCGUUAUUAACUACUCUCUCCACCAACCUAGCUUCUUUUCUUGUACCCUCGUGUUUCCUCGUCUUUCUUUCAGCGCUGCUUCUUUUCCCUUUUUGCUUUUUUUCGUUCGAUUUCACCAUAUUUCUUAUAAAGAUUGUCCAUCGAAGGCGCCCCACAAUCUAGCAUACAUUCAAUACGUGCUGCAAAAGAGGUUAAUUAAAUCAAGAGCUGAUAUGAACACUUUUUCUCAUGUCCCUCCUGGAUUUCGUUUCCAUCCCACUGAUGAAGAACUUGUUCAUCACUACCUUAAGAAAAAAGUAGCUUCUAAAAGGAUUGACCCAGAUGUGAUAAAAGACAUCGAUCUCUAUAAAAUCGAGCCAUGGGAUCUUCAAGAAUUAUGCAAAAUUGGAAACGAUGAAGAAGAUGAAUGGUACUUCUUUAGCCACAAGGACAAGAAGUACCCAACAGGCACUCGUACCAAUAGAGCUACAAAAGCAGGAUUCUGGAAAGCUACAGGGAGAGACAAAGCAAUUUACUGUAAACAUUUUCUUACUGGAAUGAGAAAGACUCUUGUGUUUUACAGAGGAAGAGCACCCAAUGGACAAAAAUCUGACUGGAUCAUGCAUGAGUAUCGGCUACAAACCAAUGAAAAUGGAACUCCUCAGGAAGAAGGGUGGGUUGUGUGUAGAGUGUUCAAAAAGCGGACGACAACUGCGAGGAAAAUGGGGGAUUACGUGUCGCCAUGUUGGUAUGAUGACCAAGUCUCGUUCAUGCAAGAACUGGAAUCUCCAAUGCCAAUGUCUAACCCUAAUGCACCAAAUCGUCACCCUUACCCAUGCAAGAAGGAGUUGGAAUUGCAAUUCAAUAUUCCUCACGACGCUUUCCUCCAACUUCCACAACUUCACAGUCCCGUGGUUCCUCAAUCUGUGACUGGUUUGAGUUUUAUCCCAGUUGUCUCUUAUGGUGGCAAGAACAAUGGAAAUGCAUUGCAGUGUUCGUCACUCACCCAAGAACAUCGACAGUUUCAUUAUGCUAGUAAUGAUCAAUCUAUGGACCAUGUUAUGGAUUGGCGAGUUCUUGACCAGUUUGUGGAUAAUCAGCUGAGUCACCAUGAACACUUUUCCAGUGUGGCUCAACAGAUGAAGGUGAUAGCAAACGGAUCAACAAAACCAGAAACUGGUCAGGAAAGUGCUUCAACUUCCAUCUCCGGUUGCCAGAUUGACCUGUGGAAAUGAAAAUUUACAGCUAGAAGAUGCAUACUAAUUAUACAGUGUAGCACUCUCCACAAUGACAAAACGAAAAUUCUGUACAUUACAAACCCUAAAGUAUUACUAUUAUUCUUAGCAGUUGUGUCAAUUAAUGAUAACAGUGUGUCAAUUAAUGAACAGUGCAAGAUUUGAUGUAAUGAGCUCAUUAGAGAUUUCAUCAUUAAUUGAAUAUGCAUUUGCAUGUGAUACAAAUAUAUUAAGGUU